CUUUUUUCGCCUGAGCUGUGAACCCAUAAACCUCCGGAGAUCUGCAUCUAUAUAAAAACGGUUUGGCUAAAUCACCUUCACAGAAUCUGCCUGUCGUUCACCCUUGUUGCCAUCCUGGCUGCACGAACGUCUGGAUGUCUCGGGAUAUCUCUAGCAUGAAUCUGGAGGUUUUUACAGCGAAAAUGCUGUCUGAGUGGAAGAGCCAUGAGAGUACUUCUGCAGAGGACCAGGACUCCCGUCAGUCCACCUCACCGGAGUCCUCGAUGGACUCCAUGUGCUCUUCACCGGAGAUGUGCUACUGCAGCGGGCAUCAGGAGGGCAACGAUUUCUCUUUCGGCUUCAGUGGACGCAGCGCGGCUCCAACAGCCCAGAGGCUGAGCAAGCCCAAGAUGUCUAUCAAAAGACGCAUGAAGGCCAGCGAGAGGGAGAAGAUGCGGAUGAGGAGUCUUGCAGAGGCUUUGCACCAGCUCCGUGACUACCUGCCUCCGGAUUACAGCAAGAGAGGACAACCCCUGACCAAGAUACAAACCCUCAAAUACACAAUUGAAUACAUCAACAAGCUUUCAGACAUCCUGAGCCGCGCGUAA